GUCUACAAGGAUUCACAUUCGAGUGCAUAGGAAGCACACAAACGGACGAUGAACGUGUAAUUUGCAAGUCACUUGAAGAAUUCAGCAAACUGAUCAGCGCCAUUGAAGACGAACGAGAUAGAAUGUUAGAAAACGCCUAUACUCUAGUGGUAACACCACUUGAAGAUUUUCGCAAAAAACACAUUGGUGGCGUCAAAGUCGGGAAGAAAAAAUUCGAUAAGCAAACGGCUAAGUUCUGUGCCAGUCAAGAGAGGUACUUGAACCUUACCAAUAAGAAACAGAACACUGUACUUCAAGAGGCAGAUGCUUCAGUAGAUAUGGCAGAACGCCACUUUUACAACGCGAGUAUGGAAUACGUUUAUUUAAUUCAAGAAGUUCAUGAAAGAAAGAAAUUUGAAUUCGUUGAAACUCUCCUGGGAUUCAUGUUUAGCUGGUUAACGUUUUACCAUCAGGGUUAUGAAGUUGCGAACGAUUUUAAACCUUACAUGAAUGAUUUGCAAUGUAAAAUACAAAAGACGCGCGACAACUUUGAAGAUUACAGUUCAAAAUUGAAAAAGCGAAUGGCUGAGGUUCAAAAACAAGCCCAAGAUGAACCUUUAAGGAACGUUAAGGGCAAAAAGGAAGGAUAUUUACAUCUUUUCGAAAAAAAAGCUUUUGGUGCAGCUUGGACAAAACAUUACUGCACCUACGACAAAGAAACGAACAAAUUUACAAUGUUACCAUAUAACCAACUAACGUCAAAAGCCGUUCCACCACAAGAAGAAUUAUUUUUGUCUUCUUGCGUUCGACGGAUGUCCGAUUCGAUAGAAAAACGAUUUUGUUUCGAUUUACAAGUCGACUCAAAACCGGGACUAAUUUACACAUUCCAAGCUUUAUCAGAAGCUGAUCGAAAAUCAUGGAUGGAUAUUAUGGAUGGAAAAGAGCCGACAUACACCUAUACAGGAAAGCCUCAAAAUACGGAAGAACGUAUAUUAGAUGAUGUAGGCAUAAAUUUUCUUAAGAAAUGUAUAGAAGUAUUGGAAAGGAGAAGUUUGGAAGAGCAGGGUAUUUACAGGAUAGUUGGGGUUACUUCGAAAGUUCAGAAACUUUUAAAUACUGGUUUAGAUCGACGGAAAAUCGAUAAACUUGCCAAUUUAGAUGACGCACAAGAAUGGGAAACCAAAACAAUAACGAGCGGUUUAAAAAGUUAUCUGAGGAACUUACCAGAACCUUUGAUGACUUUUAAAUAUCAUAAUGGGUUUAUUACGGCAGUUAAACAAGAAACGCGACAAAUGCGAGUUAACGAUGUACAUAUUUUGAUUUAUAAAAUUCCAAAAAUUAAUUUUGAAGUAUUAAAAAUGCUUAUGAAACAUUUAACAAGGGUAGCUGCAAAAAGUGAUAAAAACUUAAUGACCAUAAGUAAUUUAGGAGUAUGUUUUGGCCCAACAUUACUCCGCCCAGAAGAAGAAACGGUGGCCUCGAUAACCGAAUUAAAAUUUUACAACAUAGUCGUUGAAAUUUUGAUUGAAAACUAUGAAAAGAUCUUCAAUAGUGAACCGAUGAUUGAAAAUCAAACGCGGAACCAUCUGGAAAACCGCCUUGAAAACCGUCUUGAUCUAAAAUCAAACCCCAAUCCCCAAAAUCAUGUUUCAAAUGUCCACUUAUCAAAUCCUUCCAAAAAUCAACAACCACCUGUUUACAUCAGCACGGAAACUCCCGAUUAUAGCCCGACGAAAUCGUACAUUUACGCUAAUGCUCGGGCUUAUAACCAACCAUACACAUGUACAAUUAGUGCUUAUGGGGAACAACUUCCACAUGGACCUCCUUCUUCUGGUUUAGUAAAUCCUCACGAUUCCAACCCAAUUAAUUGGCAAUCGUUUUACGAACGAACGCCUCAAAAUAAUCAUCAUCCGUCACAUCAAAUAAGGAAGUAUAAAUUUGGUAAUACGGUUGUUUCAGAGGGGAAUUUGCCUGUUGUUGGUGGAAGUCCAACUAAUUUAAGGAUGUUAGAUGGAAAUAGUGCGAGUAGUUCUAAUGAAUCGGUUUCGUCGAAUUCAAGGGAUAGUGGGAAUAAUUUGUAUGGACAUACAAUGUCGCCUGAAAAAACGAAGAGAGUUAAUAUAGGGAUGCCAUAUCCGAAGAGUUAUAAAGCACAAGGGACAGUGAGGGUUAGAACAUUAUAUGCCUGUCUCGGUGAAAACGAAGGGGAAUUAUCAUUUGAACCAAAUCAAAUAAUAACAAACGUAAAACAAUCCCAAGAACCAGGUUGGUUGGAAGGUACCCUUAACGGUAAGACGGGUUUGGUUCCGGAGAACUACGUCGAGAUGCUACCUUGACAGAGCGGAAACGGCUGUUCUUCCUUAUCUAGAUUAUCGACAGCACUUAGAAAUAACAUUUCGCGAGCUCUUCAUGUGAGUACGGAUCUUCCUAGACUGCGUAAUCGCACCGAAAGGCAAAGUCUCGGUAGUUUAGGUGGAGUUAAAUUAGGCGGAAGUUUAUUAGAUCUAGACCUUCCACGUAAAAAUUCCACUUAAAAAAUUUUAAUUUGUAAUUGUCUACGAGAAACUACUUAAAAGUUAAUAUUUCGUCAAUUGUGUGAUGAAAAUAUUGUGGUAAGGUUUACCGCAAUUUUCUCGCAUGGUGGAGAUUCUCGUGGACGAUUAUAAAAUUAAAAAAAAAAGAAAAGAACACCAAUGUAUAAAUUAAGUAAAUGUAUUAAGUAUUUUGAUGUGUAUAAUGGAUAUAAAAACUGUACAGUAUGUUUACUUUCGAAGAUAGAUACAAAGAGGAUUUGUAAAGUUUUGUUUUCAUUAAAACAAAAAAGAAAAUGAAAAAAUGAAAAGAAAGUACAAAUUU